UCAUUCCGUGAUUUCUUCGCAGCUCUUUUGAUACGGAGUCAAACGUCUAUCAGGAGUGAAACAUGGUCGCCCUAAAUAUUAAGCUCAAUGGAAGUACGGUCGUGUUCGCGGGAAAAACGUUAACGGGUUCGGUAAUUGUGCACAAAGUGAUCCCGUGUAAAGCACUUACACUGAGGCUUCUCGGUCGUGGAGAGACUUCGUGGGGAGAUGGCGAAUCGGCGCAUCAUGGAAGCUGUGAAGAGUAUAUCAACUUGAAACAAACUCUUUGGACUUACGAUGGGGGCAAACCACUGGUCUCUGGCAAGGGUUACGCAUUUGGGAUAACGUUACCCGAAGAUCUUCCGCCGACUUUUCGGGGUCAUUAUGGAUCCAUCAAGUAUGUACUGACUGCGACGUUGGAAUGCAGCAACCCUUCGUUGGACAAGAACAGCAUCGAUUCUUUGACAGUGAUUUCGUUCUCUCCCGUUUGCAAUGUUCAUCAAAUGCUUUUGGAGGCGCAAACUGUGAAGAAAGAGAAGAAAAUUAAUUUGACCUGCGACGGAUGCAUCAGCGCGAAAGUGACGCUGCCAAUGUCAAAGUACGUCCUGGGAGAGUCCAUCAUGAUUUUUGCGGACGUGUUGAACCGUGGCAACGUUGCCGUGAAGAAAACUACGGCGUCUUUGGUUCAAACUCUCAUUUACUCUGACGGACGUGGCUCGAAAUCCGAACGUGCUGUCAUUUGCAAGGUGAAACGUGGGGAAAUAGCUCCUGGAAUGACUUAUGCUUGGGUUUCUGUGCCUCUCGUCAUACCGAAAACUAUUUCGCCCUCUGACUUUGGACCCAUGUGCUCCUUGUUCCGCGCCGAACAUUGUGUUGAGUUCACCGUAUAUAUCGCUGGCAUUGAAGAAAAACUCGUAUUCGACGUGACGCUGGGAACCGUGUGUGGAAGAGAACCUGAUACCAAUCGUUUUGUCACGUCCUACUUGAAACAGGGUUCGUUCCGGGUUUUACCGUUUCUCCUCAACGCGCAAGAAAUGGAUGCCUCGAGAACGAAAUGGAUGUUCCAACGGCAGAGAUAAACGCGUUGGAGAUAUAAAACUCCGGCAAUUCCGAACUGGCUAUACAAUUUCAACGGACGAUCUUAAAAGCAAUAAUACGCGAGCAAAGACGGUUGUGAAUUUUUAUGGGUAUUUUUCACGUGGCCUUUGGGGAGCUGUGAAUAUUUUAAGCGAUUGUGUUCUUUAUUUUUCGGAUUUGGACGGCGUAGUGGGAAAAAAAGGUUUUCCCUGCUUUUUUUCGAUCUCUUGAGCUGUGAAUGAAGUCUUUUGCUAUUUUCGAAUGAUAAUUAAAGUACGGUUUUAAGAUGUA